GAGGAGGAGGCGCCGCCCGCCCGGCCCCCCCGGCGUCACCCCUAUUUCCUGUUGCUGCAGAGCUGCGACCCGCAGGCGCCGGUGAUCUACCCCCUGACGCGCCCCCGCCACGUGUUGGGCCGUCGCCCGGACAAGGCCGCCGGGAGCGCGCCCGCCGCCGACACGGUGUUGGAGGCGCCCGACCUGCUGGCCCGACACUGCGCGGUGCGCACAGGCGACCCGCCGCUUGUGCGGCCGCUCCGCGGCGCCGCCGUCACCCACAACGGGCGCCCGCUGCUGCGUCAGGCGCCCCUGCAACCCGGCGACCUGCUGGGCCUCGGCCGCCACGUCCUCCUGCUGUACAAAGACCCCCGCGACGUCACCGUGCCCGAGACACCCGCCUGGGCGCCCCGCGGCCUCCCGCCAACACCCGGCGCGCUCGGCUGUUCCGCCUGCGGCCGCUCCGGCCCGGAACGUCAGGCCGCCCUGCGGGCCUUCCUGGAGAGCCGCCGCGCGGAGCUGCGCUUCCGGCCGCAGGACGAGGAGCCGCUGCUGCGCGAGAUCCUGCGCCUGGCCGCCGGGGACGCCGGGGACGCCGGGGACGCCGGGGACGCCGCGCUGGCGCCCGCCUUCCUGCUGGGGCUGUGCCUGGAACACUCGGCGCGCGCCAUGGAGCCCGCGCACCUGCCGGCGCUGCUGGCCCGCGUCGCCCGCCGCGUGCAGGAGGCCGCGUGGGCGUCAGCCGACACCCCCGCGGGGCUGCGGGCGCCGCUGCGGGUGUUCGCGGGCGCCCUGCGCGUCGCCCGCGCCUGUCGCCUACACCCGCAGCUGCUCUCGCAGACCUUCGGCUACCUGUUCUUCUUCUGCAACGCGGCCCUGUUCAACACGCUCAUGGAACGGGGCUCCGCCGGUCCCUUUUUCCAGUGGUCGCGGGCGGUUCGCAUCCGCACCAACCUGGAUCUGCUCCUCGAUUGGCUCCAGGCCGUGGGACUCGGCGACAUCGGAGCCGAAUUCUUCCGGAAGCUCUCGGCUACCGCCAACCUGCUGUGCACCCCCCGCGGCACCCUAGCCCAGGCGACCUGGGCCCGGUUACGCGGUGACUACCCCGCGCUGACCCCCGCCCAGCUGCACCACGUGCUCAGCCACUACCAGCUGGGCCCCGGCCGGGGGUACCCCGAGUGUUGGACACCGCCGGCGGAGGAGCGGGAGGAGAUCGCCACCG